GACUUUUGAGACCUUCAUUCAAAGAUAGUGGAGGAGGAGGAGGUCUCACUCGGAAAAAUAAAUAAAAUAAACGUUUCCACAUUGUAUUUAACAGAAAUUCAGCGGCAGCCAUCUUGGGUGUUUCGCUGCAGGAUGUUAUGGUGGUGCUACAGUGAAGGCGCCUCGCAUCCUCCGCCGCGCGCGCGCCCCUCUCCUCCUGCCUUCAGGACCACGGCCAGCUCCGGUCGAGCGAGCCCCCGCCUCGCAGGAAGGGAGAGGCCAUCUCCCGCUUGCAGGAAGAAUAGCCAUCCAUCCCGCUCCUCUCAUCUGUAGCCACACAUCACUCCUCCUGCCUGCCCCUCCCUUCCCUCGGAAUCCUUCUCACCUCCCCCUCUCACAUCCGCAGCACCGACCGACCAAUAAAAUCCAGAAAAGACGUAAGCACUGACGAGAACUCGGAGCACAGGCAGCCCGAGCUCCUCCAGCGCCGCGCGCACUGCUGUCUGUCAUCUCCCGGAGAGCGACUGACUGACCACCGGGGCCUGCGCCUUCCUUCAUCUGCUGGAGGAGGCAUCCCGAAAACUUCACUAACAAGGAGGUGCAUCCAGCCCGAGCAAGAUGCUAGACCCGUCGUCCAGCGAGGAGGAAUCUGAUGGGAUAGUAGAGGAGGAGAGCAAAGAGGCGAUGGCACCUCAGGCCGGAUCCCGCAUGUCUCCCAGCAGGACGAGCGAGAGCUCCGGAGGACUGGCGCCCAGCAGCAGCAGCCGCAGCAGCGCCCGUCCGACCAGCCCGAGCCCGUCCGCCGUCAGCGAGGAGAAGGAGGACCUGGAGAAGCUGCAAAGAGAGGAGGAAGAGCGCAAGAAGAAGCUGCAGCUGUAUGUUUUCGUGAUGCGAUGCAUCGCCUAUCCGUUCAAUGCAAAGCAGCCCACAGACAUGGCAAGGCGACAGCAGAAGAUAACUAAGCAACAGCUUCAGCAGACUAAGGACCGCUUCCAGGCCUUCCUCAAUGGAGACACACAAAUUGUAGCUGAUGAGGCCUUCAUCAACGCCGUGCAGAGUUACUCUGAGGUCUUCCUCAAGAGUGACCGUGUGGCCAAGAUGGUCCAGAGCGGCGGCUUCUCAGCCAGCGAUUUCAGGGAAGUGUUCAAGAGGCACAUUGAGAAACGUGUGCGCAGCCUCCCAGAGAUUGACGGCUUAAGCAAAGAGACAGUGCUCAGCUCCUGGAUGGCCAAGUUUGACACCAUCUACCGCGGCGACGAGGACCCACGGAAGGCACAGCAGCGCAUGACAGCCAGCGCCGCCUCGGAGCUGAUCCUCAGCAAGGACCAGCUGUACGAGAUGUUCCAGAAUAUCCUCGGAAUCAAGAAGUUUGAGCACCAGCUGCUCUAUCAGGCCUGUCAGCUUGACAAUCUGGACGAGCAGGCUGCUCAGAUCAGAAGAGAACUGGACGGUCGUCUUCAGAUGGCAGACCAGAUUGCCCGGGGGGGCAAGUUUCCAAAGUUUGUGUCAAAAGAGAUGGAGGCCAUGUACAUCGAAGAGCUCAGGUCCUCGGUGAAUCAGCUUAUGGCCAAUCUGGAGAGCAUGCCAGUGUCCAAGGGGGGAGAGUUUAAGCUGCAGAAGCUUAAGCGUGGACACAACACUUCCAUCAUUGACAUGGGUCAGGAGGAUGAAAACACUCUCUCCAAGUCUGACGUGGUCCUCUCCUUCAGUUUGGAGGUGGUGAUCAUGGAAGUGCAGGGGCUGAAAUCCCUGGCUCCAAACAGGAUUGUUUACUGCACUAUGGAGGUGGAAGGAGGCGAGAAGCUCCAGACCGACCAAGCAGAGGCAUCCAAGCCAACCUGGGGAACCCAAGGGGACUUCACCACCACACAUCCUCUGCCCGCCGUCAAGGUGAAGCUGUUUACAGAGAGUACAGGGGUUCUGGCUCUGGAGGACAAAGAACUGGGCAGGGUUGUCCUCCACCCGACACCUAACAGCCCCAAACAGUCAGAGCUUCACAAGAUGACUGUUACCAAAGCUUGCCCUGACCAAGAUCUCAAGAUCAAACUGGCCAUUCGGAUGGACAAACCCCAGAACAUGAAACACUGCGGGUAUCUGUGGGCUUUUGGGAAAAACGUUUGGAAGCGCUGGAAGAAGCGAUUCUUUGUCCUCGUGCAGGUGAGUCAGUAUACGUUUGCAAUGUGCAGCUACAGAGAAAAGAAAUCCGAACCGCAAGAGCUUCUGCAGCUGGACGGCUAUACUGUGGACUACAGUGACCCUCAGCCAGGCCUGGACGGUGGCCGAGCUUUCUUUAAUGCAGUGAAGGAAGGAGACACUGUGAUCUUUGCCAGUGAUGACGAGCAGGAUCGCAUCCUGUGGGUCCAGGCCAUGUACCGUGCCACCGGCCAGUCCCACAAGCCUGUUCCACCCACUCAGGUCCAGAAACUAAACUCCAAAGGGGGUGCUUCAGCACAAAUGGAUGCCCCCAUUUCUCAGUUCUCUGGACUCAAGGACGCUGACAGAGCUCAGAAACAUGGCAUGGAUGAGUUUAUCUCCGCUAACCCCUGUAGCUUUGACCACGCCUCACUUUUUGAGAUGGUGCAGCGGCUCACGUUGGAUUACAGGCUCAAUGACACCUUCUGCUCACUGGGAUGGUUCAGCCCAGGCCAGGUGUUCGUCCUGGACGAGUACUGUGCGAGAAACGGAGUCCGAGGUUGCCACAGGCAUCUGUGUUACCUGCGUGACCUACUGGAAAGAGCAGAGAAUGGGGCCAUCAUUGACCCCACUCUCCUUCACUACAGCUUCGCUUUUUGUGCCUCCCAUGUCCAUGGGAACAGGCCAGACGGGCUAAGCACCGUGGUUGUAGACGAGAAGGAACGCUUCGAAGAUAUCAAGGAGCGGCUGCGCGUCAUUCUGGAGAACCAGAUUGUUAACUUCAGAUAUUUUUUCCCGUUCGGUCGUCCAGAGGGCGCCCUAAAGGCCACUCUGUCUUUGCUGGAGAGGGUCCUGAUGAAGGACAUUGUGACCCCAGUCCCACCAGAAGAGGUCAAAGGAGUUAUCCGCAAAUGUUUGGAGCAGGCCGCCCAGCUGAACUACCAGCGAAUCAAAGACUAUGCUAAAGUUGAAGUUGAGAAAGGUCAAAAGGAUCAGAAGGAUCCAGAGAACGCAGGCAACUUAGUCACACCUGCCAAAAAGCUGGAGGAAACAAUCCGCCUGGCAGAGUUAGUCAUAGAGGUCCUACAGCAGAACCAGGAGCACCAUGCUGAGGCGGCAGUCACAAGUUCUGGAGAUCAAUCGGGAAAAGAGGCGUUCGCCUGGUGGACUGACCUCAUGGUGGAGCAUGCAGAGAACUUCCUGGCUCUCUACGCCAUCGACAUGGACGCCGCUCUGGAGAUCCAGUCCCCUGAGAGCUGGGACAGCUUCCCUCUUUUCCAGCUCCUCAACGACUUCCUCCGGACAGACUAUCACCUGUGCAAUGGAAAGUUCCACAAACACCUGCAGGAUCUGUAUGCCCCUCUGGUGGUUAGAUAUGUGGAUCUGAUGGAGUCCUCCAUUGCACAGUCAAUUCACAAGGGCUUUGAGAGAGAGUCCUGGGAGCCUGUAAAGAGUUUAACAAGUAAUCUACCCAAUGUGAAUCUACCAAAUGUGAACCUCCAAAUUCCCAAAGUACCAAAUCUGCCAGUGCCAGUAGCAGGACUAUCAGUUAACCUUCCACAAAUGCCUAGCUUUUCUACCCCGUCAUGGAUGGCUGCUAUAUAUGAUUCAGAUAACGGCUCUGGCACGUCAGAGGACCUCUUCUGGAAGCUGGACGCCCUUCAGACUUUCAUCAGAGACUUGCACUGGCCCGAAGAGGAGUUUGCCAAACACCUCGAGAGUCGCAUCAAGCUCAUGUCUAGCAACAUGAUUGAGAGCUGUGUGAAGCGCACCAGGAUGGCGUUUGAGUCCAAACUGGCGAAAAGCAGUAAGUCGACAGAUUUCCGUGUUUCCCCAUCAUUGUGCACAAUGUUCAAUGUGAUGGUGGAUGCCAAGGACCAGUCCGCUAAACUGUGUGCCAUGGAGAUGGGCCAGGAGAAACAGUUCCACUCCAAAAUAGACGAUCUGAUUGAAGAGAGUGUCAAAGACAUGCUCCAGCUUCUGGUUGCAAAGUUUGUUGCCAUUUUGGAGGGAGUGCUGGCAAAGAUUUCCAGAUAUGAUGAAGGAACUUUAUUCUCUUCUUUCCUUUCAUUCACGGUGAAAGCUGCCUCAAAAUACGUGGAUGUUCCUAAACCCGGGAUGGAUGUAGCUGACGGCUACGUGACCUUUAUGCGGCACUCUCAGGACAUGCUCCGUGAUAAGGUCAAUGAGGAGGUGUAUAUAGAAAGGUUAUUUGAUCAAUGGUACACUGCCACCAUGAACCUGCUGGGAACCUGGCUCACUGAACGCAUGGAUCAGCAGCUCCACGUCUACCAGCUAAAGAUCCUCAUCAGGAUCACCAAAAAAAAGUACAGAGACUUCCGCCUGCAGGGGGUCCUGGACUCCACCCUCAACAGCAAGAUGUACGAGACGGUGCGCAACCGGCUGACCAUGGAAGAGGCCUCUGCCUCCGUGAGGGAAGGAGGCAUGCAGGGCAUCUCCAUGAAGGACAGCGACGAGGAAGACGACGACGACAACUAGAGCCCGACUCUACAGCUGUCUGUCCUCACCCGCCCCCAUCCCAAGCCCCGCCCCCUUCACACUUUUGACUUUAGCCUGGUUACAAUGCAUGUACCAACUCAGAUAGCCACUCUAGGACCUCUUUGUCAGCUCGAAUUGCCUAUGAAGGAAUUAAUAACUAUAAAAAUAGAAAUUAUACUGAAGAAAAUAAAAUGUCAAAAAUAACCAUGAUUGGCAGUUUAGCUGUGUCAUGAUUAAGAUAGCACCUAUCUUUGGUCUUCAUUCAUUUCUAAAAUUCAUUUCUAUGUGUUACCAAGCAAUAUGGAGAAAAACCAUUUGUUUAAAAAAAUGUUGAGUGAGAUUAAUAGGUGUGUCCCUGUCAAUGCAAACCUAUAUGGCGCUUCUUUGUCGUAUUCUACAUUCAUUAAUGGUACAUUGUCGUGAUGAUGAGUGUGUGGACCCUUUUCUUCGUCUCGUCUGUUUUUAAGUGAACGCCAACUGCUUCAAACUGAAAAUAAAACUUCUGUAUUCGUUUGCGGCUGUUAUGGAAAAACCGUCGUCUACUCGCCGUUCUGACAGUUCAGGCCAGACCCACAUUUUUACUCGCGCGUCCGUCAACGCUCUGUGAUCUCGCGUCGGGCUCUGAGAGGACGACGAGCGUCUUGAACAUCCCAGACGGUCUUCGGGAGAUGCAAUAUUCUCAUAACUCCGUUUUGAUAACUUGGCAGAUUCUAUUUUUUUCUUUCCACAUUUAAAAAAAGGCCUUUGAACAGGUUCUAUUUUAAUUGAGUUGCACUUUUACAGAGAAUAAAAAAAAGCAAAUAUUUUUCUUUUUAUUGAAAAGAAAAAAAAAGUUGGUCCGUCUUUGUUCUGUAAUUGUGUAGAAUGAGGUGUCUGGCAUUUGUUUGGGUCUCACUGUUGUUUUGUAUAUAUUAUAUAAAUAUAUAUAAAUAUAAAAUGCUGUACAUUGCAUUCUGAGCCAUCGCUGCAUGCCUGUGGGUUCCCACCCUCCCCAAACGCUUUCUGUUUUCUGUGUGAAUUAGCUGGUGGAUUCAUUCUUGCUUUUUGCCUUAUGAAAGCCAACAGUUGUAAUAUGCAAGAGCUGUGGCCUCGAAAUAAAAAUUACUGUACAUGUGCAA